AUGGAAGCUAGUUUCUUCCUACUUUUUCUAUUGUCUUUCUACUCUACUAUACACAAGAUUUCUACUACAACGGAUGUAAUCACUACCAAUCACUCCAUCAGAGAUGGUGAAACUGUUGUUUCAUCUGGUGGAAUAUUUGAAAUGGGAUUUUUCAGCCCCAGUGGUACCUCAAGGCGAUAUAUUGGGAUAUGGUACAAGCAAAUUCUUCCGGUACAGACAGUUGUAUGGGUUGCCAACAGAGAAAAACCACUCAUGAGUACAUCUUCAGUUGCUUUGAAGGUCACCAAGCCGGGAAUACUUGCCCUUCUCAAUGACAAGAAUGAAAUUAUAUGGUCCACUAACACCUCAAGAUCAAUCCAAAAUCCAGUUGCACUUCUUUUAGAUUCUGGUAAUCUUGUUGUAAAAGAUGCAAAUGAUGGCAACCCACAAAAUUUCCUCUGGCAGAGCUUCAAUAUUCCUACUGAUACGCACUUGCCUGGUAUGAAGCUUGGCAAGAAUUUUAAAACUGGCCAUGAGAGUUACCUUUCAGCAUGGAAGAACGAUAAUGAUGCAGCUCCAGGAGAAUUCACUCGUCACAUUGACCCUACUGGAUAUCCACAGGCCCUCACCAAGCGUGGCACAAGAGUAUCAGUCCGUGCAGGACCAUGGAAUGGUUUUCGAUGGAGUGGGAUACCUAAACAACUACUAACACAAAGCAACAUUUAUACAUUUCAAUUUAUUUUCAAUGAGGAGGAGGUUUACUAUAUUUUUUCUAUCAUUAACAGUUCGGUUUUAUCACGACUAGUCGUGACUAGCAAUGGUUAUAUACAACGAUUAACAUGGGUGGAUCGUACAAAGAGUUGGCAUAUGCACUACAAUUUACCUUCGGACAACUGUGACACAUAUAGCUUAUGCGGUGCCUAUGGGAGCUGUGACAUAGAAAAUUCUCCUAUUUGUGGAUGUUUGGAAAAGUUUGUAGCUAAAUAUCCACAACAAUGGGAAAAGGGAGAUUGGACAGAAGGGUGUGUUCGGAGGACAUCCUUAGAUUGCAAAAAGGAACAUGUAUUUCUAAAAUAUUCUGGAAUCAAGUUGCCGGAUACUAAGCACUCUCAGUACAAUAAAACCAUGACACUCGAAGGGUGUAAGCAAGUAUGCUCCAGGAACUGCUCUUGCACAGCUUAUUCAAGUCUAGAUAUAAGCAAUGGAGAGAAAGGUUGCUUAUUUUGGUUCGGGGAGUUGAUUGACAUCAAAAAGCUGGCUGAAAGAGGGCAAGACAUUUACAUCAGGAUGGAUUCUUCAGAGCAAGGUUCAAAUAGAAAGAAGGCAAAGAUACUCACAAUGAUUUUCUCGUUGUUGAUGGCAAUGUGUCUGCUAGGCCUGAUUCUGUUCUUGUACAGACGGAAAAAGAAGAAGAAACUGAAACACAAAGAAGAUUUUGAGCUGCCACUGUUCCAACUAUCGACAAUAACAAAAGCCACAAAUAACUUUUCAGUAAACAACAAGAUUGGAGAGGGUGGAUUUGGACCCGUAUACAAGGGAGUGCUGGAAGGACAAGAAAUUGCUGUGAAGAGACUAUCAAGGUCUUCCAUGCAAGGACUUGAUGAAUUCAAGAACGAAGUUAUCUACAUUGCCAAGCUUCAGCAUCGGAAUCUUGUGAGACUUUUGGGUGGCUGCAUUCAAGAGGAGGAAAAGAUGUUGAUCUAUGAAUACAUGCCUAACAAAAGCCUGAAUUCAUAUAUAUUUGAUCAAAUGAAGAACAAAUUACUUGAUUGGCCAAAGCGUUUCCACAUCAUAAACGGAAUUGCUCGUGGCUUAUUGUAUCUCCAUCAAGAUUCUCGACUACGGAUUAUCCAUAGAGACCUUAAAGCAAGCAAUGUUUUGCUAGAUAUAGAAAUGAAUCCAAAGAUAUCAGAUUUUGGCAUUGCCAGAAGUGUUGCAGGAAAUGAGAUGGGAGCAAAAACACGUCAUGUGGUUGGGACAUAUGGCUACAUGUCCCCUGAAUAUGCACUAGAUGGGAUCUUCUCGGUAAAAUCAGAUGUCUUUAGCUUUGGCGUCUUGGUGUUAGAGAUUGUGAGUUGCAAGAGAAAUAGAGGAUUUGUCCAUCAAGAUCACAACCUUAACCUUCUUGGUCAUGCAUGGAAGCUUUACAAAGAUGGUAGGUCCUUGGAACUAAUUGAUGAGCAGCUAGCCGAUUCUUGUGAUAUUUCUCAAGUUUUAAGAUCAAUCCAAGUGGGUUUAUUAUGUGUGCAACAAUGUCCAGAUGAUAGACCAAGCAUGUCUUCUGUGGUUCUGAUGUUGGCUAAUGAGAGCCUACUGCCAAAUGCUAAAGAACCGGGAUUUUUCACAGAACGAAACGUAUUUGAUGAAGCAAAAUCAGAACUGCAGACAGCCAGUUCCAAAAAUGAAGUCACAAUCACAUCUUUAGAUCCUCGAUAGAGUUUGACAGGAUAACUAUUUUGACUUGUGUGUACAUGAAUAGGAAAAAUAUAUUAAAACUUUGAUUGUUGGGAAAUACAAUAGAUUUUGAACUAAAACAUCAUGUUGAAUUUUUCUACUUGAAGAUGUUAUCUACU